AUGUCAACUUAUUACAAAAGUAGUGGCUCAAGUGACAUUUAUUCCAGACCAAAUCUACCUGAAGUUGUCCCUGGAAACGCAAUGAUCUACACGAAUCCUGCGGUUUCUUUCUCACAGACGUUAAAUGAUGUCUCAGCUUCAAAACAGAUUCAAGUAUUGUCCAGUUUUGGUGUAGCUUCACAGAUGCUGGAGACUCAAGAUUCCGGUUCUUGGAGGGUUCAAGAAGACAAUGACAGGAAUUGCUUCCCGGCGAUGUUGCGCCCCGCCACGGGACAGGGACUGUCACUUGGCCUCAGGUCGCAGAUUGAGACAUCGAGAGGGAAUAACAAUGAGUACGCGACACAGGUUGUUUCGGGGUUUACUCGAACUAUUCACAACUCAAAGUAUCUCAAGGCUGCUCAACAGCUUCUAGAUGAAGCUGUUAAUAUUAAGAAAGCUCUGAAGCAUUUUCAGCCAGAGGGAGACAAGAUUGAUGAAGAGAAAGAGAAGAAUCUUCAAGAAUUGAGCACAAAUCUUCCUCCUGCUGAUAUCCCUCAAGCAGAGAGACAAGAACUGCAGAGCAAAUUGUCGAAACUCUUAUCGAUACUGGAUGAGGUGGAUAGAAAAUACAAGCAGUAUUACCAUCAGAUGCAGAUAGUUGUAUCAUCUUUCGAUGUAAUAGCCGGAUGUGGAGCAGCCAAACCAUACACGGCUCUUGCGCUUCAGACCAUCUCGAGGCAUUUCCGUUGCUUAAGGGAUGCGAUAUCAGGACAAAUCUUGGUGACAAGGAAAAGUUUAGGAGGCGGAAAUGAUGGAUCAGACGGCAUUGGAGUGGGGAUAAGCAGAUUGAGGAAUGUUGAUCAACAGGUAAGGCAACAAAGAGCGUUACAGCGGUUAGGCGUUAUGCAACCUCACACUUGGCGGCCUCAACGCGGUUUACCUGAUUCCUCUGUUUUGAUUCUCCGUGCUUGGCUCUUCGAGCAUUUCCUCCACCCUUAUCCAAAGGAUUCAGACAAGAUCAUGCUAGCUAGACAAACAGGGUUGAGCCGAGGCCAGGUGUCGAACUGGUUCAUAAAUGCGCGUGUGCGUCUCUGGAAGCCGAUGGUGGAAGAGAUGUACAAGGAGGAAUUCACAGAUGCAUUGGAGGAGAAUGGUCCCAACUUGUCCUCCGAAAACUCACCGAAAAUCGCCGAGAUUCAAGAACAGCAAAUGGAGUCUAGUUCCAACAACAGGCAUAUAUCUGGUGUGGCAAGCAGUAGCAUGGGACAGAACACGGUUGCCCAUGUUGCUGAUCAGUUCAUGAUGGUGACCGAGAUGACAAGAAACAGUAGUGGUGGGAUGUCUUUAUCGUUGGGGAUUCAAAAUUCGGACGCUCGUAGCGAUGUCCCUAUGUCCGGUGGGAUAGAUCCUUAUGUGAAUACCGUCCCCGGAACUGGUUUCCAGUACUUAAACUCUGGCAACCGCCAGCACCAGCUUGGUCCUUCACAAUUGUUGCAUGAUUUUGUAGCUUGA